AUGACGAAGACAGUUCUGAUUACCGGUUGCAGCGCUGGAGGCCUUGGUCAUGCUUUGGCUGAAGAGUUUCACAAACUUGGCUAUCAUGUCAUCGCCACAGCACGCGAUACAAAAAAGAUUGGCCCUUUUGCAACCAAACCCAACGUCGACAUCUUCCCUCUGGACGUCACAUUGCCUGAAUCGAUCUCGGAUCUUCUUGCGAAGAUACAAGCCCAGGGAAUCAAACUGGAUAUUCUUGUCAAUAAUGCUGGCUGCGCCUCUUUUAGCCCUUUAGUACACUCGGAUAUUAAUGACGCCAAAGCUUUGUAUGAUGUAAACGUGUGGGGUUCUCUGCGAGUCACGCAGGCAUUCAUACCGCUAUUAGUAAGCACUCAAGGAGUGAUAUUGAACAUCGCGUCUAUGGCUGGAGCCGUUCCUCUAGCAUGGCAGGGAAACUCCAAAGCUGCUAUGACCUUCAUCUCCGAGACCUUGAAGAUUGAGCUCGAACCUCUGGGGGUCCGAGUACUGACAGCUAUGGUUGGCGCUAUCAAUACUGAAAUCUAUGAUGGCUGCGAUGUGGUACUCCCAACUGACUCCUGGUAUAAACCGAUUGAGAGCAUAAUUCGAAGACAGGCCAAGGGAGAAUUGCAACUACCUAACAACGAGGCAGUGGAGGUCACAGCAGCGUCCAUUGUCAGAGAUACGCUUAGUGGGCGGAGGGGAAAGAUCUGGCGUGGUGGGGAAGCGGGCAUAGCUAGUGUUGGCUCGUGGCUCUUUCCGACUUGGCUUGUUGAAUCUAUUCUGCAUAGAAACAGAGGCUUAUCUGCACUUCGGAAGGCACAUAGGCAAACUUAG